CGUCUGGAGCGCGAGGCUGCCGCGGGGAUGGUGCUGCGGGGUCGCCUGGACGCCCCGCGUGGCGGAGGCCGGAGCCCGGCGGGACCCGGAAGGGCCAUGGCCGAGCCGGCUCUGGUAGAGGGUCCGUGGGGGAUGCGGGCCCUGCCGAGGCUCCGGUCCCUGUCGCGAUGUGGAGUGGGCUCCAGGUUCAGGGAGUGAGGCGGUGGGAGCCCCGGCCAGGGGGUUGUCCAUGACCGGGACUGGGCUCCGACCCGGGCCGGGAAGUCGCGGCUUGGGGGCUCGAGCUGUUCCGCCGGUGAUCUGCGGGGAAGUGGCCAGGUGGAGAAACCCACAGUCUCGCCAGUGGUCCGCUCAGUUAACCGUGGCAUUUGAUGAUGUGGCCUUAUACUUUUUGGAGCAAGUGUGGGACAUCCUGGAAAAGUGGCAGAAGGAGAUGUAUCAGCAAGAAAUGAAGACCAAUUAUGAGACACUUGAUUCCCUGGGCUGUGCUUUUUCAAAGCCCAAUUUGAUCACCUGGAUGGAACAAGGAAGAAUGCUGUUCAUCAGAGACCAAGAGCGCUUAGAAAAAACACGAGUGACACUUAGGCCUUCUGCUGGCCAGCAGUUGGACUUGAAUACUGGCACGUCCCUAUGUGUUGGUGACCAAGGAACUCCUGGGGCAAAAGAAGAGGAAUGCCAUUUAAAUGAUCUCCAGGAGCAGGGCUCAUGUGCUCCCUCAUCCAAGGAGGAAAGAAAGAUUUCAUCAGAUCAAAGAGCCUCCUUAAAACAUCCAAGUCUCCAAGAAACAGAGAUGCUAAAUAAAAACCUUGACGCCACAGCAUCUAAUCAGGACCAGAAUGAUCCACGGCCUAAGCUGACCAGAGCCCCAGGUCACCUGGAAAUUCCACCAGGGCCGAGACUUUAUUCCUGCUUUGUCUGUAGGAAGGUCUUCCAGAUAAAGAGAGACUUGGUGAAGCACAAAAGGAACCACUCCAAGAGCCAGCCCUGUAAAGAUCCGAAGCAGGAGACCAAGUCCCAAGGGAACGCUGAGCUCGGGAUGGACCCGGCGAUCCUGUGUAAGCAGCAGCAUUUCCAGGGUGGCAGGUUCAAGGAGAGCCGUUUUCUUAAGCGCAGCCUGGUCACUCGCCAGACUGUUGACAUGGGGCAGCGGCCCUUCCAGUGCCCUAAGUGCGACAAGGCCUUCCAGGACAGAGCCACUUAGAAGCACCUGUGUUUGCACAAAGGGGAGAGACCGUUUUCCUGCGAGGAGUGUGGCCAGGGUUCCAUCCAGCCGGGCCAGCUCGCCGAUCCCCUUGGGGUGCACAGCGGGAGGAGGCCUUUCCAGGAUCCGCAGUGCGGCCAAAGCUCCUCCCGGCCGGCGGCCGUGCGGGCCCACGAGCGGACGCACAUCGCGCAGCAGCCGUUCUCUUGUGACCAGUGCGAGAGGAGGUUCUCCCACAAGGCCAGGCUCACCGAUCACGUCAGGGUGCAUACGGGGGAGAAGCCCUUCCAGUGUCCCGAGUGCCAGAAAAGCUUCCGCCUCAACAGGAGCCUGAAGGCGCAUCGCUUCCAGCACAGCGGGCAGAAGCCCUUUGGGUGCCCGGAGUGCGAGCGGCGCUUCUGCUGGCGGAACGCCCUGCGGGCGCACCAGCGGCUGCACGGCCAGGAGAAGCCGUUCUCCUGCGGGGACUGCGGCCGGAGCUUCACCCGGCCCUCCAAGCUUGCGCGCCAUCGCCGGGUGCACGACAGACAGGAGUUCGCCAGCGACCAGUGCGCCAGGACCUUCGCGCGGCCGGCCCGGCUGGCGCGCCACCGCGGGGCCCACGCCCGGGACCGGGCGGCGUCCUGCGCCCAGCGCGGCCGGGGCUCCCGGCGGCCCGCGCACCUGGCGGAGCACCGGCGGCUUCACGGCGGCGCGCGGCCCUUCCGCUGCCCCGAGUGCGACAAGAGCUUCUUCUGGAAGGCCUCCCUGAAGGUCCACCAGCGGCGGCACCGGGGCGAGCUGCCGUUCGCGUGCGGGGAGUGCGGCAAGGCCUUCGCCCAGCCGUCCCAGCUCACCGAGCACGCCAGGAUCCACAGCGGGGAGAGACCUUUCCCGUGUCCCGAGUGCGACAGGCGUUUCCGCCUCAAAGGCAACCUGAAGAGCCACCUGCUCCAGCACCGCGGCGACAAGCCCUUCUCCUGCGCCAAGUGCGGCAAAAGCUUCACGCAGCAGUACCGGCUCAGGGAGCACGCCCGCGUCCACAGCGGCGAGAAGCCCUUCCAGUGCCCGCACUGCGGCAAGAGCUACUGCAUCCGCGGCAGCCUGAAGGUCCACUUGCACACACACAGGGCAGAGAAGCCCUUCGGGUGUCCCGAGUGCGGCAAAGGCUUCCUCCAGAAGAGGAGUUUGAAGAUGCAUCUGCGUCAUCACCAAGGGGAGAGGCCUUUUCCCUGUGCUGAGUGCGGGAGGAGCUUUACCUACCUGGGCGCCCUCAACACCCAUCUUGCGGUCCAUGCCAGGGGAAAACCCUGCGGCCCCUAGGUCACACCACACAGAGAGUAAGUGGUGACAGCUCUGAGGAGGCGCCAGCUGCUCUGUUGGCUCUGGCCGAGGCAGAGAAUUCACCCAAGGUAGGAGGGUACAGCUCAAUGGUAGGGUGCAAGCUUAGCAGCCAUGAGGUCCCGGGUUCAAUCCCCAGUACCUCCAACAAAAAAAUAAAAUAAUAAAUAAAUCUAAUUACCUAUUCCCCCUAAGUAAAAAAAAAAAAAAAGAAUUCACCCAACACACUUCAGAAGCUCUGGCCAGAUGCGCAGCGGGCAGGCUAUGACCGCUCCUUGAACAAGGUUCUAAAUAAUCCACGCACAAGACAAAGAGGCCUCUCCCCUCUAUAAUAUCAUGGGCAUGUCUUGCGAAUCAUGGAAGGAACAUUUUAUUCUGUUGUUAUUUCGUGGGUUUUUUCAGUGUCAUCCAAGAGCAUGGUGGUCCCUUCAUUAAAUUCUGAAAGCACAACCUGAUGGAAGAAAUGUUACCGACUGAAUUGUUUCCCCCAAAACAUGUCAGUCAGCUUUCCAUUACUGAGCCUCCUUAUUUAAAUUUGUGUGGGAAAGUUUCAGUUUUCUCUCAUAGUGAAUUUUUAUUCUCUCUCAAGUGGUCGGAGGGCAUCUGUGUUUGGGGGCAAUUUCUCUGCACUAUUAAAAAUAAAUAUUGUCAUCUACCACCUUAUUUAUUAAAAUGAUGGCCCACAUUGGUGUUAAAAAUCUAAAAAUCCACCAUUGUAAUAAGCAGUGUUAUUUAUCUUCCCUCCCCUGCAUUUUCCACAGUGUGUCAGUUCCCAGAUAUAGUUGCCUUCACAUCAUGGUUUCUGAGAUUAACACUAAAGGAAAAAUAUUGUCAGUCCAUCGUAUAACUCCAUUUUUUGUUCUGUGGCCUAAGCCAUCAUUAUAAUUUUCCAGCCUAGAUUUGAUCUAGCAAACCUUUAUCUAUCUCUUAGACUGUCAGUCUUUCAUGUUAUUCUUACAAAAACGUACAGAUUUCUUUCCUUAGAGAAUCUUCAGGGCCUACAUAAAUGUUCUGCCUUUGAGCACACGGGGUUCCAGAUCACCUGAAUCAGAAUUAGCUGGAGUCAGGGGCACUCCAAUAAUCACAAUGUCUAAACAAAACGGAGAGGUGCCCCCUCUGGGUGUUCCAGUCCCUGUAGGUGCAAGUCGCUUGGUGAGUUGAUGAUGCUUUUGUGCAGAGAAAAUGACACUUUCCCCCAGCCAGCGGCAGGGCACGUGUGGGCUGGAUGUCAGCGCUGGCUGGCCUCUUACCAGUUUACUUCAGGACAGUUCUGUGCCUUUGCCUGGGGUGCAUGUUAAAAACACAGACUCUAAGGACCCUCCCCAGAUGUACUGAGUGACCAUCCUCCCAGGUGAUCUUGUGCAAGUUGAAGUGUCAGAGCCUUUGACCUAGUGAGUGGAGAGACUGGAGGAAGGCAGGCUUUUUUCGAAAGGCAUUCUAGUCCUCCUGAGGUGAGAUUCAGUCUAGAACUCCUCUUUUAGCCUUUUCCCUCCUCCCCCUUGUAAUAAAGC